UACCUCCAAGAACUGAAACGAUAAAAUGUCAUCUAUGAACAUCGAUCAACCACUCGAAGACGUUAUCAAGGCAAAACGUCAGCAGCAACGUAGCAACCGUAAGCAAACUCAACAGCGCAAACGCACAGCCGGCCCAAAGCAAGGUGGCUCAAAGCGUCUUGCACAAGGUGCUAAACCUGUCGCCGGUCGCGUCGUUCCAAAGACUAAGCAAGGCGCUCCAAUUAAUGAACAGACCGCUAAGAAAAUCAUCGUUUCAAACCUCCCUCUCGAUGUAAAUGAUCAAUCUUUGAGGGAAUUGAUGACUACCACUAUUGGUCCAGUUAGCGAAUGUAGCAUCAGCUACGACCAAAAAGGAAACUCAAAAGGUUUCGCUCAGGUCAGAUUCAAGAGACCAGGCGAUGGUAACAAAGCUUAUAAUGACUUUAACGGUCGCCUCAUUGACAACAACAGACCAAUCAAGAUUGAAAUAGUCGUUGAAACAGCAGAUAAGAGUUCAUUAGUCAACAGAUUGGCACCAAAGGUGAACGAAAAACCAGCACCAAAGAAGAAGGCUCUCAAGAAACCAGCCAAGAAGCGUGGACCAAAGCCGGAAAAGAGAACUCCAAAGACAGCUGAAGAUUUAGAUGCUGAAAUGGAGGAUUACACUCAAAGCAAAACAGAGUAGAGGGUUUUUUUUACAAUUGCAGUAUUCUUUUUGGAUACAAUUUAAACUAUUAAGAACGUGACUGAAUAUUAAAUGUGUAAUAAAUUUAUGUUUUU